UAGAAGUCAAUCUGUAAAGAAAUUGCAUGAUAACAUCAAAUCGCAGAAACAAGGAGAAAACUAGUGUAAAUAGAUUAAUAAGUUGCUAUUUUUAAUUUAUACCCAAUUUGUGGAAGUAAUAUAAAACAUUAAACUCUACAAAAUGUCAAUCGGUACAAGUGCUCUGCGUACACAACUCAUGGCGCUCGCUAACUUUUCUGGCACACACAAAGAGCAAGCAGACAAGUACCGGCAAUUGCUAGUAAUGGUGCUCAAUAAUACAGGAAGUGAACUGGUGGAUACACUAAAGCUCUUUGUAGAAGCCAUAGUCAAUGAGCACGUCAGUUUGGUAAUUUCAAGGCAAAUACUAAAUGAUGUUAGCAACUCCUUGUGUAAAUUGUCUGAUGAAAUUUCGCGACAAGUUUCUCAUUUUACGCUGGAGAAGGUCCAGCCGCGUGUGAUAUCCUUUGAAGAGCAAGUAGCUGGAAUACGACAACAUUUAGCCGAUAUUUAUGAGCGCAAUCAGCUUUGGCGUGAUGCAGCAAAUGUGCUGGUUGGCAUACCUCUAGAGACUGGGCAAAAGCAAUAUCCAGUCGGUUAUAAGCUCAAAACAUAUUUAAAAAUUGCCAGUCUCUACUUGAAGGAUGAUGAUUCGGCACAAGCUGAGUUUUAUAUAAAUCGCGCCUCCUUGUUGCAGACCGAGACAACCGAUGAGGAGUUACAGGUGCUUUACAAAAAGUGUUACGCUCAUGUCUUGGAUUAUCGUCGAAAAUUCAUAGAGGCUGCACAACGGUAUAAUGAACUGUCCUAUCGUAAAACGAUGAGCGAAAGUGAUCGUAUGGAUGCAUUAAGGAGCGCUUUAAUUUGCACGGUGUUAGCAUCUGCUGGGCAGCAGCGUUCUCGCAUGUUGGCAACAUUAUUCAAAGAUGAACGUUGUCAACAACUGCCAGCCUAUGCUAUACUUGAAAAAAUGUAUUUGGAUCGUAUAAUUAGACGGUCGGAAUUAAAAGAAUUCGAAGCGUUGCUACAACCGCAUCAAAAAGCUAUAACCGUUGACGGUUCAUCUAUUCUAGAUCGCGCUGUAUUUGAGCAUAACUUGCUUUCCGCUAGUAAAUUAUAUAAUAAUAUUACAUUCGAAGAGCUAGGCGCAUUACUUGAUAUACCCGCUGCAAAGGCUGAAAAUAUUGCUUCGCAAAUGAUUACCGAAGAACGUAUGAACGGUCAUAUAGAUCAAAUAUCCGGCCUUGUUCAUUUUGAAAGUCGUGAGGUGCUACCACAAUGGGAUCGGCAAAUCCAAUCGUUAUGCUAUCAAGUAAACUCCAUUAUUGAAAAGAUCGCCGCGGCUGAGCCGAACUGGAUGACAAAUACACUGGAUACUUUGAACUGAUACAUUUAAUUGAAAUAUCUUAUCUAUUAUACACACGAGACAUUUUUAAAGAGAUAUGUUUGUUUUUGGGUUAAAAUUUCUUUUGAGACGUCCUCAUAUUUCACAUUAAUUUAAUAAAAAAUAAAAUAAAAAUUAAA